AUGGAUAAUAAGGUUAUUCUCCUGAUUGCAUCAUUCUUAUUGCGUAUAGGUUUUUUUGGAUAUGGUAUUUACCAAGAUGCUAAUUUUAAAGUAAGAUACACUGACAUUGAUUAUAUGGUCUUUGACGAUGCAGCAAGAUAUGUUUAUGAAAACCUUUCUCCCUAUAAUAGAGAGACAUAUCGUUAUACUCCUUUGCUAAGUUGGCUGCUAUUGCCAAAUUAUUACUUAGGUUGGUUCCAUGCAGGAAAACUAAUUUUUGUUGUAUUUGAUUUAUUAGCUGGUAUUAUAAUAAUGUUAUUAAUUCAGAAACUGUCGUCAACUUUAAACAUCAGUAAAAGUAAGACUUUGAUUUUAAAUAGUAUUUGGUUGUUGAAUCCGAUGGUUAUUACAAUCAGUACACGUGGUAAUGCAGAAAGUGUAUUAUGCUUCCUGAUUCUUUUAUCUUUAUAUUAUUUAUUUCAUGAAAAAUAUCUGUUAUCAGGUUUAAUAUAUGGGUUAUCAGUUCACUUCAAAAUCUAUCCUAUUAUAUAUGCAUUACCAAUUGCAUUAUACGUGAUGACAUCAAGACAAAAAAAUUGGUUCUUAAACCUUUUUAUUUUGGGAACAACAACAUUAGCAAUAAUUAUAGGACUAGCAGUUGCUAUGUAUCAAAUGUAUGGUGAUAUAUUUAUAGCUGAGGCUUACCUAUAUCAUCUUACAAGAACUGAUCACAGACACAAUUUCUCGAUUUGGAAUGUACCUUUAUAUUUUACAUCUGCAUUUUCUGAUAAUUCCACCCUCUCCAGAUACGCAUUUCUACCGCAGUUUAUCAUGACUCUAACAAUACCCUUAUUAUUACUGCAAACUAGUAAAACUACUGACAGAAAUUUUAGAUUUUUAAAUUUACUGAAGGUUUUAUUUAUUCAAACAUUUGCGUUUGUCACAUUUAACAAAGUUUGCACUUCUCAAUACUUUAUAUGGUAUUUGCUUUUAUUACCAUUUCCUUUAUUGAACACAAAUAUUUCUAAAAGAAAAGGCAUAUCAAUGAUUUGUAUCUGGGUAUUGACUCAAGGACUAUGGCUAUCUCAAGGCUAUCUCUUGGAGUUUGAAGGUAAGAAUGUAUUCUAUCCAGGAAUUUUUUUGGCUUCUGUUUCAUUUUUUGUUGGAAAUGUUUGGAUUUUAGCUCAAUUUAUCGUCGAUCAACGAAUCGGAGCAGGCUCAUAUACCAAUGCUAAAAAGGUUAAUUAA